UUUGAUUGGUUCAGUCCAACCUAACCCAGCCCCCACACAGCUCUCUGCAGUUAGGAAGCAGGAGAUAAAUGCUUUUCUCAGGAGUGUGGAGAAGAUCUUCAAGGACAGGCCGCUCCUGAGACAAGGAUGCUGAGGCUAAGCGUGUUUGGACUGGACCUGGGCUCUGUGGUGGCCUCGCCAUGGCAUCUUCUGCUGCUUGGAGCAGCUUCCUGGAUUUUGGCCAGAAUUCUUGCCUGGACUUACUCAUUCUGUGAGAACUGCUUCCGCCUCAGAUGUUUCCCUCAGCCCCCUAAAAGAAACUGGUUUUUGGGUCACUUAGGCAUGGGACCCAGCUCUUACGCCAACCAUCAGUUCCCUCCACAGAUGACUUCCAAGUUCACAUCUCUCUGGAACUGGGAAUCAAGAUGUGGAAACCUCCACGAUUCUUUGCUGCAAUACUGAGGAGAUCCAGAACAAUGAGGAAGGCAUGCAGGUGGUGACUGAAAUGGGACACACUUUCCAAGACAUCCAUCUCUGCUGGCUGGGCCCAGUCAUUCCUGUGCUGAGGCUUGUUGACCCUGCAUUUGUUGCCCCCGUGCUCCAGGCCCCAGCUUUGGUGGCCCCAAAGGACACGACUUUCUUAGGCUUCCUGAAGCCCUGGCUGGGGGAUGGGCUCUUCCUGAGUUCUGGUGACAAGUGGAGUCGACAUCGCCGUCUGCUGACACCUGCCUUCCACUUUGACAUCCUGAAGCCCUAUGUGAAGAUUUUUAACCAGAGUGUGAACAUCAUGCACGCCAAGUGGAAGCACCUAUCCUCGGAAGGCAGUGCACGUCUGGAAAUGUUUGAGAACAUCAGCCUCAUGACCUUGGACAGUCUUCAGAAAUGCCUCUUUGGCUUUGACAGCAACUGUCAGGAGUCUCCCAGUGAAUACAUUUCUGCCAUCUUGGAACUCAGCUCCCUCAUAAUAAAAAGGUCAUAUCAGCCCUUCCUGUAUGUGGACUUCCUGUACUACCUCACUGCUGACGGACGGCGCUUCCGCAAGGCCUGUGAUCUGGUGCACAACUUCACAGAUGCUGUCAUCAGGGAGAGACGUCGCACUCUCUCCAGCCAAAGUGUUGAUGAAUUCCUGAAGUCCAAGACUAAGUCUAAGACUUUGGACUUCAUUGAUGUGCUCUUGUUGGCCAAGGAUGAACAUGGAAAGGAGCUGUCCAUUGAGGACAUCAGAGCAGAGGCUGACACCUUUAUGUUUGGAGGUCAUGACACGACAGCCAGUGCACUCUCCUGGAUCCUGUACAACCUGGCAAGGCACCCAGAAUACCAGGAGCGCUGCCGGCAGGAGGUUCUGGAGCUGCUGAAGGACCGAGAGACUGAGGAGGUUGAGUGGGACGACCUGGCCCAGAUGCCCUUCCUGACCAUGUGCAUCAAGGAAAGCCUGCGGCUGCACCCCCCAGCCAUAGAUCUCCUCCGCCGCUGCACCCAGGACAUUGUGCUACCUGAUGGCCGGGUCAUACCUAAAGGGAACAUCUGUGUCAUCAGCAUCUUUGGUAUUCAUCACAAUCCUUCAGUCUGGCCAGACCCGGAGGUCUAUGACCCCUCCCGCUUUGACCCAGAAAACCGUCAGAAGAGGUCACCUCUUUCUUUUAUUCCCUUCUCUGCGGGCCCCAGGAACUGCAUAGGACAGACUUUCGCUAUGAAUGAGAUGAAGGUGGCGCUGGCACUGACACUGCUGCGCUUCCGCGUCCUGCCAGAUGACAAGGAGCCACGCCGGAAGCCCGAGAUAAUCCUGCGGGCAGAGGGCGGGCUGUGGCUGCGGGUGGAGCCGCUGAGCUGAGCGGGUGCGCGCAAAGACCCCAAACCUGACUUGGGACUUUUUCACCUUACCCUCCAAUUAUCCUCUCCGGACCCCAGAAUUAGCGUGGCUCCACCGAACGCUAGCAGGGGACGCUGGAGGGCCACAAAACCAGCACUGGCUUCCCUGAAGAGAAGGGGCUGAUUGAUGUCUGAGCCAAAGGAUCGUGUGCUGGCUUUCAUGCUGAGAAUUCUUCUCCAGGGCAAGCUUGGACUUCAGAUUAAGAGAGAGAGUCGACUUUCUGGCACGCUUGAGACUCUUUAGUCACUGAAACAAACCUUAAUUACACUGUUUCCACUUCUGCUUUCUCCUACUCCUCUUCAUUAUGUUUGAAGCCGGUCUCCAGUUUUUUGGAUUCUUAGUGCUGCACCAGUAGUGGGCUGCCAUACUACACCUGGUGUGGGGUGUAUUUGUAAAGUCUGAGUAAAAUGGUUUCUCUGAAAAGGUA